CGCAUCGCCAGCAUGCCGUCGCGCAGUCGCCGCGCCUAACUCUGUGCUGGGGCCGACGGAGCGACGCGCAGCGCUCGAGAGCCAUGGCCGGGCCUUACCUGUCGCCGCUGGGGCCCCAGGCGGACCUGCUCACCGAGUACAUGUUCGGCAGGCGGCGCCAGAGACGCAACAGAACCACCUUCACGCCGCAGCAGCUGCAGGAGCUGGAGUCGCUGUUCCAGAAGACCCACUACCCCGACGUCUUCCUGCGGGAGGAGGUGGCGCUGAGGAUCUCGCUGUCGGAGGCGCGCGUGCAGGUGUGGUUCCAGAAUCGACGGGCCAAGUGGCGCAAGCAGGCGCGCCUGCAGCUGCUGCAGGACGCCUGGCGGAUGCGCUGCCUCGGCCUCGGCGGCGCGGCGCCGCUCCUGCUGCGGCCCCCGGCGCCCGGACUGCCGCAGCCCGACCAGCAGCGCGCGGACCCGGCGGCCUCGCCGCCGCCGCCGCCGCCGCAGCAUCCCCCGCCGUCGACGCAGCCGCCCCCGCCGACGGCCCUGCAGCCGCCGACCUCCCAGCCGCUGAUCGUCUCGCCCGCCGGCGACAAGCUCGCCGCGGACGCCAACGUCUGCCGGGACUACAGGAUCUUGCCGCCGCCUCACGGCUUUGGACUCGCUCGGGAGAAAUCACCGGACAGGUCGAAGCGCGGCUGCGGCUCGCCGUCCUCGAGUCCGCCUGCGCUCUCCUCGUCGUCCGAGAGCGAGGGCGGCGGCGGCGGCGGCGGCCCGCUGCAGCGCGCGGCCCCCCAGGAGGCGGAGAUCGACUUGACCAUGAAGUCCGCGGGCCCGGCGGCGAUGCUGCGAUCGCCGCUGGCGCAGCCGCCGCCGCCGCCCCAGCCGCUGUUCCACCAGCUGGCCGCGCAUCACCAUCACCUGCAGCAGCAUCACCUCCAGCACCACCUGCACCAGCCGACGGACCUCAGCCCCUCGCACUCGCCCGACGAGCCGCUCGACGUCACGCUCAACGGCCCCAAGAAGUAAUCCGCACGGACUCGCGUCGGCGCGUCGCAGGCGUGGCGACUGGGACGCUCGGGAGGCGCUCGAUUGGCAAGGACCCUCGCGGAUCCGCUCGCCGGCGGCAUGCCCCGGCGCGAUCGAGGACGUCGAUCCGUUGCCUCUCGAGCCUCUCGUUUAUUAUCGCGCGUGCGAGCUGGAGCUGACGGUCCGAGUUGGCGAAACGACCGAGCGUUGGAAAAUAUAGCUGAUUAGUCGAAUGUUUCGCUCUGAGAUCCACUUAAUUUACGACGCAUUGCAAGCCAAGUGAUACGGCGAUGUCCCCUAAUAUUUUUGUACAAUUAUGCGUUUGCGUGCACACCGACAUAGACGCGGUAGCCUUUGUUUGCCGUAAGUGGCAGUGGCAUUGAUGGCUUCACUCUAGUCACGAUUUUAGUCGCGAAAGCAGAUACGCGCAUCCGCUCACUCGCAAAACACUUGAGUUCUGCCUUUUAAUGAUGUGUAUCAUACUCGCAUUUUAUAUAAUCCAAAAUGUACAUAAUUCACAUUAGAUAACCAAGAGAAAUGUAAAUUUGAUCGACCCGACAGAUAAAGGAUGAACAAUUGUCGUGGCGACGAUUGGUUAAUUCAUUGUAUUUGCCCAGUAUAAGUAUUUCUCGUUAACGAAGCAAGAGCAAAAACCUAAGUGAAUUUGUAAGAAUAAUCGCAUGAGCUAAUUCUAUAAUAUGUGUAGUUAAGUAAAUGAAAAAAAAAAUAAGCGCUUAUAAAUAAAGAAUACCAUACGAGUACUA